CAGUCGGAGCGAGGCCACGCCCCCCGCGGCGGUCGCGCGCGCCCCCCUCGCCCGCCGCCGCCCGCUUCCUGCCGCGUCCGCGCGCCCGCCCCGCCCGAGCAGCGGCCGCAGCCCCGGCCGGGCCCAGCGGGGAGAUGAACACCGUGCUGUCCCGGGCCAACUCGCUCUUCGCCUUCUCGCUGAGCGUGAUGGCGGCGCUCACCUUCGGCUGCUUCAUCACCACCGCCUUCAAGGAGCGCAGCGUGCCCGUCCGCAUCGCCGUCUCCCGGGUCACGCUAAAAAAUGUAGAAGAUUUCACUGGGCCUAGAGAAAGAAGUGAUCUGGGAUUCGUCACAUUUGAUAUUACUGCAGAUCUGCAGAGUAUAUUUGAUUGGAAUGUUAAACAAUUGUUUCUGUAUUUGUCUGCAGAAUAUUCAACGAAAAACAAUGCCCUAAAUCAGGUGGUCCUUUGGGACAAGAUCAUGUUGAGAGGAGAUAACCCAAGGCUGUCCUUAAAAGACAUGAAGUCAAAGUACUUCUUCUUUGAUGAUGGAAAUGGUCUCAAGGGAAACAGGAAUAUCACCUUGACUCUCUCCUGGAAUGUUGUACCAAAUGCUGGCAUUCUACCUCUUGUAACAGGAUCAGGACAUGUGUCUGUACCUUUCCCAGAUACCUAUGAAACAACAAAAAGUUAUUAAAUUAUAGUACUGAAUCAUAAGCAAAAUAUUUUUAUACUUGUAUAUUGUGGAUACAUUUUAUUGCAGUUUCUUCUUGCAUCCCAUGCAACUUUUCACUGAAUGGAGCUGAAUUUCCUCAGGAUAGUAGCAUAGGAAAAGGAAAUGAAAAUUCAGGGUUUUUUUUUUUUUAUAAAACAUUGAAGCUGAAACUUAAGGGAAAGGUAAAUUGCAGAGUAAUGGUUUGGAGGGGGAAAACUGAGGAAUUUUUUUUCCUGGCCAUUUAAGUAUAGAUCUCCUUUUCUUUUAAAUAAAUAUUUUUAAACCAGAAGAUAGUCUUCCUGUGUUUGGGCUUUUUAAGUACUGUGUUUGUUACUUAUUUUGUGUAGAACUCAAAUAUACCUUCUGGAGUUGGUUUCUGGAAGUGCCUGAAGGAAGUGGCUAUUCUAUUUUAGGGCAUUUUUUUGAAUCCAUGUGCAGUAUGUUACAGUAGGCUAAACUUGGUCCUUUCUAGGACUGUCAGCAGCUACUUGGAAAACUGGUAGUUCGUUAUCUGUCAGUCAGCCUCAAAUCUUGAGUGCCACUGAUGUAGCCCACAUUCAGUUCUGUAUUACAAAUCAUUUUAAUAACUGCUUGCAAUGCAGCAAACUGGAAGAAUAAAAAGAAACCUAUUCAAUAGGACUCUUAUUUCUUUAAGCCUAAGACAUAAGGCUAAGUCAGUAAGAAAAGUAAAAGCUUUAGGUAAAGAAAGGCUUUCUGAAAUGGAAUCUCUAGGUUUUUGCUGGGAUGUGUUCAUCAGGAAAAAUAAACAUUCUUGUUCCAGAAGGGGCUGAGACAACUGAUAUCAGAGAGGACCUUCCAUAGCAAGGAAUAGGGUAGAUGUUGCCUAAAUAGUCUGGGUAAACCUUUCCAAAACAGUGGAUUUCCCCAUGGCAAGAUAGAGUAAUUGAGGCAGAUUUACUAGCUUGAGUGUCAGUGAGUCUACCUGCAGGGCUUGCUGAGUUGCAUGAAUAGGAAAGGUAGCAAGCAGUGUGCAGCAGCUUCAGGCAGCACCUCUGCAGAAAAAGUGGCCUCUCUGUGGCUGCACAUCCCCCUUUGUGUGCUCCUUCCCUCAGCUUCAGCUGGGAGUGCUGUUGGGGCUGGGAGGAGGGAAGGAGCAGGGUACCAGGAUCACCUCUAGGCCAUAGGGAUGACUUGCAGUGAUCGACUGGUGCAUUCAGGCCAUCCAGGAGAUACCCAGGAGGAGCACAUGCCUUCCAGUGUCUCCCUCCUGGCACAAUCCCUGAUUUACAUGUGUAUCUAAAGACAAAGCAUGAAAAGAGAAUGCAUUGCCAGGCAGGGAAUGUUCUGGAUGUCCUGGGGACUUGGAAAGAGAGGAAACUAAAACUCAGGUUUUAAUAUUGGAAAUCAAAAAAAGUAAUAGGAAAAAUGAUGAGAACUGCAUUGUGAAAAACCUUACAAAAUAAUACAUGCAAAAGACUGGAGCAGAGUAUCCCAUUUUGUUUUGAGUUCACCUAAGAGAUGAUUGAUUUUGAGGGAACUGCCUUGCUUUUAAAAAGGGAUCUUUAAUAUUUGUAAAUUAUCCCUAAGUGACUACUUAAUAAAUUUUUCAUGUUGGUGUAUUAAUCAAAAAGGUCUUGAAAAUAAUUCCCAAAAGGUGCUUUGUCUGUACAAACAAAAUUUUGUUUAAGUGCAAAAACUAAAAGGUCUUUUUGACAUGAAUGUUGUAGGAGAAUUUGUCAUUUGUAUCCAUCAUAUUUGCAUGAAUUUCAGUUCUCUGAACUUGUGCUGUUUUCCACAGAGUAGUAUAAUCAGCACAUUGAAACACAUACUAUUUUUGCUGUGCUUUGAUAUCAGUUGUAUGUAUGGCUCUAAGAACUGUUACAGAGAACUUAAAACUGUCAUAAAGAAGGAAAACGAAAUAUUUUUAGAGAUAAUUGGGCAAAGUUGUGGAUUUGUUUUGCUAAUUGCCGAAUAAGUGGUUGAUUUUUUCAUAAAUUAUAUUCUUGAAUUGUUUACUGAAGCAUUUCUUGUGGCUUGGCAUUCAACCACUUCCCUGCAUUCCUUUGGCAGUACUCUUCUAAUGAAUAUAAUGUCUGCCUAUUAAAGAGAAGCUUUAACUACAAAGACAAGGAUGCACUGUCAGAGAGCAUCAGGGAGAAAGCUACUUUCUGUCCUACAAUAUGGUAUAUUCCUCCCAGCAGACAGUAGCAGAAUUUCAAGACACAAACAGUAGCUUUCAGAUGUGAUGUUUGAUGUUUUAUUAGCUGUUCCCUGUGAAGAGAAAUUGUGUUUGAGGUAAGCAUUUUAGAGAGAUGAAGAAGAAACCAUCAUGGGGUUCAAAUUCUUGGAGAGAAGAAUUUCUUUUUAUCUUGAGGAAAAGGCCAGCAUAGAUGAGCACUUAAUGCUGUAAUAGCUUGGUUUCUGCUCCUGAGCCGCUAAGUGAGACAGGGUGUUGGUUCAGAGUUUAAGGAGGCAAAUUCCUCAACUGAUCUCUAUAAAAAAAAAGUAAAAAGCCUUUC